AGAGGCUACGAUUAUUACCUCAACUUCCAAUGAAUGUCGACCGGCUAUAUGCAAGGAAUUGCGUAUCACUGGAAACGGUGGCAAGCCCUUUAACCACAGCAACAAGAGGAGAAUUUCCUUCUGGGUACAUUGAGUUCAAUUUUUCUAAUUGUUUCAAAUUGGAUCAAAAUGCACAGAACAGCAUUGUGGCUGAUGCAAAAUUGAAGUUGCUGCAUUGGGAAGCCACAUGUCCGGAAACUUUUUCACAGAUAACAAAAGCGGCCAGGGUCUCGUUUAUGGGAGGUGACAUGCCCGAUUGGUUUAAAUAUAAAAGCAUGGGAUCCUCACUAACUGCAAAGCUUCCAAAGCAUUGGUGUAAUGCUGAGUUAUUCUGCCUGGUUUUUGCUGUUGUUCUUGAAUUCAAGGACUUCCCUAGAUAUGGAAGAUUCAGUAUUCUUAAGUAUGAUUGCCAUAUAAGAAACAACAUAGGUGACAGCUCCAGCGGCAACGAUUGGUUCGAAUUAGCAGCAUGGGGAAUUAAAGAUGUUAUUCAGUCAAAUCAUGUCUUGUUAAGUUAUGGACAACCAUUGCUAAAUGAUUGGAGAAUGAUACCCAAAGAAGCAGACGAUGCAGAUGUGAUCUCAGUUGAAUUCUACGUUGGAGAAGAUUCUACAAAAUAUUGUAAGGUCAAGGAGUGUGGGAUCCAUUUGCUAUACAGGCAUGACACAAAAGAUGAAUCUACUUCAACCAUUGAAGAUAACUCUCCUAGUAGCUCAAGCCAGUUCUUCUGCAAUCCAGUUUGUAUGGACGAUGAUAUGGAAGAGACAUUGAUAGGAGAUGCUAAAAGUAAUGGAUGUUAUAAUGACAAUUGUUGCAAUAUGGCCAACCUCGUGGAAGAUUCAGCUCUAGUGAUGAGGAAGAAAAUGAGAGUGAUGACAAGUUCAAGAUGCUGUUUGUCAACACUGCCUUGCAAACCCAGUUGGUAAUGUGCUAUGAAUAAUUUGUCCUUUGUUCGUGGGUAUUAUGACCUUGUCCUGCAUGUUCAAUACCCAACUUGAUCGAAGAAGGGUCCCUUCCUGAGUUUUGAUCCAUCUCUGCUGUGCUUAUGUUCCUGUGCAUCAAAGCUUGAGAGUUAGAUUCGUUAGAAGGCAGCACCAUUCUUGCAAAAUGCCAGAGAAUUCUCUGAAAGAUGGUGGUGGUCUAGCUCGUUUGCAGCAUCAAAUUUAUUUCACAACUCGUGCUUGAAAAAAACACAGAGAUGCAAGGAAAGUCAAGGUUUAGUGUAUCACAGAUGUGGAAGACUAUAUAAUGGAGUUCUGACGGACAAUCAGAAGCAGUAGAAGGAAAUCAUGGAAGCUGCAAGUGAUAAGCUAUGGUUACUGAGCUUCAAAGGAAGUCAUGGAUUGGGUCGAGGAUCAAAAAAGUAGAAGGAAGUACAAGUGGCAUGGUAUUUACAAGAAAAUCGCCCAAUAGGAUUGAAAUGUCACGUUAGAAUUGCACGAAAUUCGACCAAUUGACUUGGAUUGACAUGGUGAUCAAAACUAGUGUUUGUCACUGGCCUUACCCUCUUUGU